AUGGAGGACGCACGCCAUGGCGGGGGGCAGCUCUCCCUGGCGUGGCACGUGGCGGCCUCAUGCAGUGGUGUCUUCAUCCUGAAAUUAGCUCGUCGAGAGUGCACCAGCCCCUGCAAUGAACGCUGCUCCACCGCACCGCCGGCACGAUCAAGAGAUCCAUCAGUGCAGCAGCGCUCCGCCCACCCCCCACCCUCCGCUCUUCAGAUCCUGCCGCUGCCUCACGGAGCAGCCUGCGCCCUGCCCGCUGCUACACGGGCCACAACGUCCCUAAGUCAGCAUAAAGGGCAGCGGUUCCCAAGACAAAGAGAGCGUGUGGAGUGGCUGAGUGGCGGCGCAGUGGUGGCUGACGUGCCGGAUGUCAGGAUAGUCCACCUGAACGGGUCGCUGCAGUUCCUCCCCUUCCCGCCCUACGCCUACACCGCCACAGUGCACGCCGCCACCUACGCCUGCCGCGCCUCCUCCGCCGCCGGCACCAUCCUCUCCAUCCCGGUCCACGUGCGAGCAGUGGUUCGCCAGUACUACGAGGUGCAGGUGUACGAUGAGUUCGUGAUCAGCGGCAACACAGCGGUCAUUAAGUGUCAUGUGCCCUCCUUCGUGCGGGACUACGUGCGUGUGACCUCGUGGGUGCGCGGCAACGGGGAGAGGAUUGUGUCCGACGUGUUAACAGGCGGGCGGUACUCGGUGUUCGGCACUGGUGAGCUGCACAUCCGCCACGUGACCAAGGCAGACGAGUUCCAGUCCUACCACUGCGAGACACAACACGUGCUCACCGACGAGACGACCAUCUCCGCCGUGGCUGGCAGGCUGAUGGUGAACGAGCCGCGGUCCUCAGUGCCACCCCGCAUCACCGACUCCCGCUCCUCCGUCACCGCCUCGCUCAGACACACGGUGGAGCUGCCCUGCGCCGCCCAAGGCUUCCCUAUACCGCAGUACCAGUGGCAUCGCGUGACCGGGAAGGUGGAGGCGCCAGUGGUUCAGGACGGCAGGAUCCAGCAGGUCGGAGGGUCUCUUCUCAUACGGCAGGUCACCGCCUCGGAUGCCGGCAGGUACGUGUGUGUGGUGUCCAGCAGCGUGGGUUCUGAGCGCGCCCACACCAGCCUGGAGGUGUGGGCGCCCCUCACCGCCCACAUCACGCCCCAAGUGCAGACCGUGGACGUGGGAGGGCGUGCGACCUUCAAUUGUUCCCCGGAAGGAUUCCCGCAGGACACCAUCACCUGGUUCAAGGACGGCGAGGCCCUCAAGGUGACGGAGCGGGUGCGGCUGGUGGGACAGAGGAUGCUGGUGGUGGAGGAGGUGAGGAGGGAAGAUCGUGGCAUGUACCAGUGCCUCGUGUCCAACCUGGAAGGAUCGGCCCAGGGAUCAGCGCAACUCAAACUGGGAGACGCCUCCCCGCAGCUCGUUGACGCCAGCGGUCCCCAGGUGGUGUCCCCGGGGGCGCGAGUCACCCUGAGCUGCGUGGUACAGGGAUCACCGCCCCCCACCGUUACCUGGGAAGUACGAGGCCUCCCUGCAGCCACGGCGGACCCCAGAGUCCACGUAAAUGACAAGGUGGACGGCGAUCGGGUGGAGAGCCGCCUGAACAUCACUGGAGUACGGGUGGAGGAUGGCGGAGUGUGGGGCUGCGUGGCCACCAACAGGGCGGGACGGGUGGAGCACACAGGGCGGCUAAAUGUUCGCGGCCCCCCGACCAUCCGCCCCAUGGCCCCUGUGAGCGUGGUGGCGGGCAGGACAGCACACUUUGACUGCAUCGUGGCUGGCUUCCCGAUAGACUCCAUUUACUGGGAGAAGAACGGCGUGGUACUACCGGUGUCUGAGCGGCAGGAGGUGCUGGCUAACGGAACUCUGGUAGUGGAGGAAGUGUCCCGGGAGGCUGAUGGUGGCCACUACACUUGCGUGGCUGCAGCGGGAGACACCACAGCCCGAGCCAACUUGCAGGUCAACGUGAUGGUUCCCCCGAAAAUCGACGAGCGGAUGAUCUCCCUGGGCUCAGGCUUCCCCGCCAAGUCCCGCGCCAGGAUCAUGUGUGUGGUGGAGCGCGGGGACCUGCCUCUCUCCUUCAGCUGGACGCACGACGGCCGUCCCAUCUCCUCCACCUCCCCGAUUUCCAUCAAGUACCUGGACGAAGUAAGCAGCGUGUUACUGUUCCCGUCGCUUCGCCAGGAGGAUGGCGGCUCGUACACCUGCACCGCCACCAACGCUGUAGCCUCCGACGCCCAGACUGUCAACCUGGUGGUCAAGGUGGCGCCGUCGUGGAAGGAGGAGCCGGAGGACGUGUCUGUGGUGGUGGGCGCUGACUUGGUCCUGUCCUGCGCCGCUCUUGGCUCCCCGACGCCCACCAUCACCUGGAGAAGGGCUGAGGGGGCGUCCCGAGGCAGUACCGGCCCGUUACUACACUCGGGGACAAUGUGAGAGUGGAGAGGAAUCGCAGCCUGGUGGUGGCGGGCAUCAGGAGGCACCAGGGCGGGGAGUUCCUGUGCAGCGCCUCCAACGGUGUGGGUUCUGACCUCUCCAAGUCUGUGUCCGUCACUGUCAAAGUGCCGCCCCAGUUCAAGGAGGUGGAAGAGAAUGUGACAGUGACUGCGGGAAGGACGGCGCGUCUGGUGUGUGAGUCGCACGGAGACCUGCCCAUCACUGCUAUCUGGUCCUUUGGUAGCCCGCCGGCCAGGAUCUCGAGGGGAAUGAGC